AUGCGUCAGCAGGAGGAUCGACGGGAUAGCAAGACUUUCGCUGCUGCUGCUGUCGAUGAAGAGUGCAACAUUCAAACCGCCCCUGCUGAGAAUCAUCGAUCCCAUCACGACGAAGGGCCGCCGGCCCAGGCGGACGCGCAAAGCUACGUGCUGUCGAUGUCGGAUUACGACGGCAAAGCACACGCUUACGAUGUGUAUGACUACCAAGCAGCCACACGGCCGCAGCAGGGGCAGCAGCAUGUCUAUGCCGGCUAUUCAACACACCCAAACUACCCGGGCGACUAUGUAGCUCCUCAGGCGCAGGUACCAUCUGGCCUUCCCCAAUCAUCCAGCACGCUCGGCCUUGUGCCAUCUGCUCAACAAUACGGCACGCAUGAUACAACCUAUUAUGGUCAGCAGGUGCCUCAAUACCCUGCAUAUCUUGAAGCGGCUCCUCGUCCUUGCCCGGAGAUAACCUCAUACACGCCACAACAGGGCCAACAAGGCACCAAAGUCACUGUCUACUUCCAAAGUGUCUACGACUUUGACGCACCUCAAGUCGUACCCGUCAUCAUGUUCGGCCAGAAGAGAUGCGAGAGCCUUCUCAGCAGAGGUCCUCCACAAGGGCACGCCUUCCAAUACUCGCUGUGUGCAGAUGCUCCGCCUCUGGCAUCGACUGGCUCGCCUUCUCCGCAGAUGCCUCUGCACUUGAUCCUGGACGAAUCUUCGGUCAGUUGGGAGUCGCCAUCAGUAGAAUUCGGCUCCUUCACAUAUCUCGACCAAGCGAGUUACUACCACCCGCUCGACUCUCCUCAGAUGCAGGUUCCGCCUCAUCCUCAACUGGCUGCACCCCGAAAACGCAAACUAUCACCUCAGGCCUCGCCGCGACGUUCGCCUGUGAAGAAGCCAUCGAUGCCACACUUUGACACUUAUGCCGCGCCCAACCCAUCCUCGCCCUUCCGCCGCCCAAGCAUGCCGGAAGCCUACCACGUCAGUCAUAGUCGCAACUACAGUGGCCAUCAGUCGGACUAUAACCCGCAGGCCUACAAUGCUCCGCCCCAACGCAUACAGUCCGCCCAAUACUACGGCCCACCAGUUCCCCAGCCAUCACAAAGCCCCUCGUGGAACUACCAGCAAAGCAUGCCAAAUCCUACCCGUAGUCCAUCUGCUGCAACAAUGUCGUCCACAAGCAAAAGCUCGCAAGUGCUCCCCUCUCCCGCCGGGCAAAACCCGCCCUUGAUACGGACGUCCACUUUGCAGCAGUCGCCCACGAUUCCAGGCGCCACUAUGGCUGCCGUGGUUCCGGCUGGGUUCAAUCCGUACGCCAUCUACCCUUCCAAUUCCAAAGCUAUGCUUAAGCUUGACAAAGACCUCAAUACCAUGUCGGACAAGUGGACUCCUUCAGAGUGGGAGACGAGACGGCGUCUCGUGCAGUUUCGUCGCAACCAAUCCGGCAGCACCAUUUCGGCCACGUUCGAGCCCGUAACACUGGAAGAUCGAAUUCCAAACAGCAUCUGUGUCAGCUGCAUCUGGUGGGAGGAAAAACAAGAAUGCUACGUGACCUCUGUGGACACAAUUUCAUUGUUGGAGUCUCUGGUCGCAGUGCGCUUUACCGUGGAAGAGAAGAAUCGGAUACGACGCAAUCUUGAGGGUUUCCGUCCCGCCACCGUGUCCAAGACGAAGCCGGAGAGCGAGGAGUUUUUCAAGCUGAUCAUGGGCUUUCCAAAUCCAAAACCCCGUAACAUAGAGAAGGACGUGAAGGUGUUUCCGUGGCGCAUCUUGGCAACGGCUUUGAAGAAGAUCAUUGGCAAAUAUUCCGCCAGCUACUCCUCCACAGCCGGUGCGUUGCACACUCCUGUUGCCGCAAGCUAUCCAGUGAGCCGAGCGUCUGACGCUGGUCUCGAGCAACGAAYGGCUACUUCGCCACGCUCGGCAUCGAGUUCGAUGGCGUCUCAUGGUCAUGCAUACGCUCCGCUUCACAUGCAGCACGGUGCAUAUCCGUCUCACGCGACGGGAGCAGCAGGCCUCGGAGUCGGCCCGUCAGCAGGUCCGACCGAUCUACGCAUUGCCGUUCCUACAUCCGCAGGAGCACAAACGACGUCCUGGCACCAGCCUGCUACGCAUUACACUUCCGACCUUGUGGGCGCUGGUGGUACUUGGGGCGAUUUCCGAACCUACACGGGUUUACCUGGAACAGCGCCGUCGUACCCGUAUGCACAGCGCAUUUCUUCUUUAACGGGACCAGGCGCCAUGCCCGAGCACACCAAUUAUGCGUCCUUGCACGAUUACGACAGUCACGCUCACCCGCCGGCAUCGAGUGCGUGA